CGGGUUGUUUGAGAGUUACGCGAACCUCCCUGCUAGUCCCCAUCCUGAUCGUCGCAAACACGGAUUCUAGCGAACCAUUUGACAGUGAUCUUGCAAAUCAAUGUGUCAAGCUUGGGGCUGCCUUGGUCCAGGGUCUAGAGACUUCGGCCGUACUUUCACGCGCGGGCUCACUGAUCAGACGGUUCCAGGCAGCUCAAGUAGUUUUCAAUGAAUUGAACGGUCACGGACCAAGUGUGUUCUCCGAGCUCUCGAGCCGAUCAGGAAUCGACGCAAGUAGAUCACACUGUCAUAGAUCAAAUUCGGAUCGUCCUCUUGAUAUUCACAGUUGCCCUCGAGACGUUGACGGACACCGAUAUAGCUAUAGAGCAAAGAAUCAAAUCGACUCUACUAGUGCCAUCCAAGAAGCGGGUGGGAAGAUGUGGCAGCCUUUAAGAUCGCCUCGGACAUCGGUUGGUAUGAGUCAGCGUCGAACAGCUGGUGUGCUCAAACUUGUCAAAGAAUGUCUCGGCAUGUCCCGCGAUGAAAGUUCAUAUCGAAGUGUCCGAGAUGUCAUGCGUUUGAUCAGCAAAUUUGAAUCAAGGCUUGCAGGGCGUUCUACGACGCAGAGUAAUAACUGCGUGAAGGAGUUUUAUUCCUCGAAUAAGCGGACUGACGAAAACUACAAGUCGAUAGCCUGGAAUAAUACAAAUCUUCGCAAGGAGCUUCGCGUGAUUCUCCAGCCGAAAGUUGUGGAUGUCCUACUGAAAAACGAUUAUGAGCACAUACCCCCAAGACAAUUUCGCUGCAGUCCAUCAACUCUGCUUCUGCAACGCGGGUACUAUUUGUAUAGGGGGCGCCAAUACGAGGAAGCUUGUGGAUUCUUUGAUUUGGCUGUCGCUCGAGACUCGAGGGAGGCCACACGUGACCUGGACCGCGCUCUUGACUUGACCUUGCGUGAAAAAGUCGUUUUGCACGAAGCUCGAAAUACAAUUCGAGAGCAGCAGCGACAGAAAGUCGAAUUGGCUAUUCGCUUCAACCGCUCGGUUGCGCGCGCAAAUAUGGGCGACGAUGAUGGCGCAUUGCAGGAUCUUGAGUCCUUACUGCUGCUGCACGUGGGCUGUGCACAAGCACCACCCUUGCAGCUGUGUGCAAAUCGUCCGCUAUCGUUGGCAACAUUCCCGAACGAACAGGGAUUGAUAAUUUCAACACAAAAAUUGCAAGGCAGAUUUCGCAAGACUCCAGAGUUUGCCUCUCUGACUUCAGGGGUUCAAGUCGCACUUGCCACUGAUCCAGCAUUACGCAGCCCAAUUGAGCUGCAGCAAUUGUCUGACAUGCUUUCUACCCUGCAUGUCUUCCAGGGAAUAUCGCCACAUUGCAUGGCGCAACUAGCAGCUUCCGUGAGCUAUCGACCUCUAAAACUUAGAGACACGGCCUUGACUUGCAAUGCAGAGACAGAUGCCUGUUUUAUUGUUCUCAAUGUGGCCCAUAAGGAUGUCUGCUAUCAGCAGCAGACCAAUGCCGCGCUUUCUGAGACCUAUCAGGCUGAGGCACCGUCCGAGCUGCUUGUGAUCCCGCGACAAGUAUUUGAUGCUACCCUGCGCAACAUAGCCUACCAAAACCUUCAGCGACGUUUUUCUUUCUUGAGAAGGUCGGGGUUGUUUGAAAGCUGGCCGACGAGAGAAGUAGCAAAAAUUGCUGGAUUAUCGCGAGAGAGAAGGCUGUCACCAAAUUCUGCUUUUGUCCUGACUCGCCAAGGAGACUCUCCAGAAUACGUUUUCCUACUCAUAACUGGCAUAUGCCGAGUGGUUCGUUCCCCUGAUGUUCACGCAGAAAAACUAUCAAACUAUUGUAUACUUUCCACUACUCGCUGCGCAACAGAACACAGUUUUCACACAAUCAAGACUCGAGACAAUUUGAAAACACACUUCCCAACCGGAGCGAUGCUACAACAGUCACAGAGCAUCGACUGUUGCAACUAA